AUGGUAGCUAGUGAACCUGGGGUGGAUUAUGCUCCAUUAUUUUAUAAAGAUCUUGAACAUGAAAAAGAUAAAAAACUUCAAAUGUACAAAGGCAGGUUUGAUCAAACAAUAAAAUUGUCAGAUAAUGGCAAGGAAAUAAUAUACAAGUGGAUAGAUUUCCUCCCAUCUGCACAGAAACCUAUAAUAAGAAGUGCCCCAAGUAUUAUUCUAUAUAGUGACUCGAGUAAAAAGGGUGGGGGCGGUGUAAAUUCUACAAACAAUACUGACACUCAAGGUUUUUGGGAUGAAUCUGAAAAAGAGGAACAUAUUAAUAUUUUAGAGCUAAAGGCAGCCAUUUUAACUAUACAAGCUUUGGCUGCAGAUGUGAGUAAUGCCCAUGUUAGGAUAUAUAUGGAUAAUACUGUUGCAAUUUCUUACAUUAACAAAUUUGGAGGCAAAUCAGUAAUUAUGCACAAAUUAGCAAAAGACAUUUGGUGGUGGUGUAAAGACAGGAAUAUUUGGCUUAGUGCUGCACAUAUUCCUGGAAAAGACAACUGUGAAGCAGACAAAUUGUCUAGACAAGUUAAUGAAGAUAUGGAAUGGAAGCUUAAUCCUGAGUAUUUUAAAAUGUUAGAACAGAAAUAUGAUCAGUCACUGUAUCCAGAAAAUAAUUCUGGACAAAGUGGAAACAGCAUUGCUGAUUGCUCCAUUAUGGCCGACGCAGGUAUGGUUCAGCGAACUGUUACAACAAAUUUGUGCUCAAUCAUACAUUCUACCAAAACAUCGAACACUAAUACUGCCUCAAGAUCAAACAAGACAGCAUCACAUUCAGAAGAUGCGGCUGGGUGCUUUCGUAUUGUCCGGGAACAGCUUAAAGAUAAAGGAUUAUCAGAGGACACUGUCCAGAUUAUCUUACAGUCAUGGAAAAAAUCAACUGCAAAACAGUAUGGGUCUUAUUUCAGAAAAUGGUUGCUUUUUUCAAGUUCAAAAAACAUUGAUACAUUUAAUCCAUCUUCGGUAAAAGUGUUGGAAUUUUUGACAGAAUUAUUCAAUCAAGGAUUAGGUUAUAGUGCAAUCAAUACAGCGAAAUCUGCUAUUUCAUCUACUUGCAAUUUGAUAAAUAACAGAGAUAUUGGUAACGAAAUGAUAAUCAAAAGAUUUAUGAGAGGACUGUUUACAAUAAGACCAGCUUUGCCAAAAUAUGAUCAUAUUUGGGAUGUUAAUAAAGUAUUGCAAUAUAUUUCAUCAUUACCGAACUGUACAGAAAUGACUUUACUUCAGUUAUCUCAAAAAUUAACAACAUUGUUCAUGUUGUUAUCUGGACAGAGGUGCCAAACAAUCCAUUUGUUGAAAUUGUCUGAUUUACAUAUUUGUAAGGAACAAGUUGUUUGUCAAGUGUCGGAAUUAGUUAAACAAUCUAAACCUGGAUUACAUGUUAAGCCGAUGCAAAUACGUAGAUAUUCAGCUGACCCAAAGUUAUGUCUAGUAAAUACUUCGGAGUAUUAUCUGACUGUUACAUCUAAGGUUAGAGGGUCUGAACAUAAAUUGUUUAUUUCAACAGUUAAACCUUUUAAAGCAGUCACAAAAAGUACAAUUUCUAGAUGGGUGAAACAGUUAAUGAAAGAAUCUGGUAUUGAUGUGGAUAAAUUUGGUGUACAUAGUUGUCGAGCAGCCUCCACAUCAGCAGCAGCAGUUAAAGGAGUUCAAUUAGAUUCAAUAAUGAAAGCUGCAGGUUGGAGUUCUGCAAAAACUUUUGCUCUGUAUUACAACAAAACUAUUGAAAAAUCUUAUUCUGAUGUAAUUCUUAGUGGAACAUAG